AUGCGUCACUCAUUUGUUUCGGCAUUGAUUGCCGUUGGUUCCGCCGUCCAAGCUGCCGCGCAGCUGAACGGAAAGGUCGGACCUCUCACAACUCCUUCAGCCAAGGCUGCGAUCAAGACUUGCAACAUUGUCGACUACGGUGCCAAGGCAAGUGCCAAGACUGAUAACGGUCCAGCCAUUCAGAAGGCUUGGAAUGACUGCAGAACUGGUGGCGGAGAAGUUUACGUGCCAGAGGGCGACUACGGUCUGGGUACCUGGUUGACGUUUACUUCUUCAAAGCCCAUGUCUUUCCGUCUUGAUGGAACUAUUUACCGAAUCGGUACCGAUGGAGGCAAUAUGUUCAUGUUCAAGCACCUGGAGGACUUUGAGUUCUAUAGCAGCACCUCCAAAGGAGCUAUCCAGGGUUAUGGAUAUGAGUUUCAUAAGAAGAAUGAAUAUGGCCCACGUAUCCUUCGAUUCACCGACGUCAAGAGCUUCUCUAUCCACGAUGUUGCUCUAGUCGACUCGCCCGCAUUCCAUUUCUCUAUAGACACCUGCUCCGAUGGUGAAGUGUAUAACAUGGCUAUUCACGGAGGUAAUCGAGGUGGUCUCGAUGGUAUCGACGUAUGGGGAACUAACAUCCAUAUCCACGAUGUUGAAGUCAGUAACAAGGACGAAUGCGUCACUGUCAAGAACCCCUCUGACCACCUCUUGAUCGAGAACAUCUUUUGCAACUGGUCUGGAGGUUGUGCCAUGGGCUCCCUGGCCACCGGCACUGAUAUUCACGACAUUGAGUACAACAACAUCUACACCCAGCGUUCCAACCAGAUGUACAUGUUCAAGUCAUACGGCGGCAGCGGCACCGUUAACAACGUUGCUCUCAAGAACUUCGCCGGCCACUCCAACGCCUACACGCUCGAUCUCGAUGCCCAGUGGAGCUCCAUGAAGCCCAUCGCCGGCGACGGUAUUCUCUACACCAACAUGACCUUCUCCGGCUGGUCCGGAACCUGCGCCGAUGGCCAUCAGAGAGGACCCAUCAAGUUCAACUGCCCCGCUGACGUCCCCUGCACUGACAUGCAGGUCGAUGACUUUACUGUUGGAAGCAACAAGGGCGAUACCGUCGAACACGUGUGCAAGAACGCUUAUGGCUCUGGAGCCUGUCUGAAGGAGGGCGAUGGGGGUGCUUAUACGACGACUCAGACUGUUGAUGCGGCCAGUGCUGCUACUCAGACCAUGGAUGGAGAGAUUGAGAAUGGUCUUGGCCUUACUGUUUCCAUUGCGAUCCCUACCAUUCGAGCCUCGUUUUUCCCGGGUGUCGCUGCCAUCAGCCCCCGCAUGGCCGAUUCCGCCAAGGCUCAAGCCACCGCUCGUGUAGAGACCUCCAUCCCCGCAGAGGCCGAGACUGCUGCUGACACUUCUGCUGUAGCUGAUGUAACUGCUCCAAUCAAAGCGGUUGCUUCUUCUGCUACCUCUUCUGUUGCCGACGAGGUUACACCUGUUGCCACUCCUGCGGUCUCCGUAGACGCGCCGAACAGCCUCCUCCCCGAGGCACACUCUACUCUUGAGACUGCUGUAAAGGCUUCCACCACUGCAAAGGCCGCGGCUGAAACUACUGGUGCGCUGCCGAGGACUUCCUCUUGCAAGGCAAAGAGGCGCCGAAGCCUUCAAUCCAGGCAUUCGUAA